GCGCGCGCGUGUGUGUGUGUGUGUGUGUGCGCGCGCGCGCGUGCUGGGGGUUAGGGUUAGCGGUGGAAGGAACGCAGGCCCUUUGUCGGGAAGGACUCCGGCAGAAAAGUGAUUUUGCUACUAGUUGGACUCGCAGGCGAAGAGGCCUCCCGCGUCACGCCCGAAUCCUCGCCCCCGCGGCUCGCGGCCGCCCGCCGCACAUGUAGCCCGGAGAGGCCCACGGCGACGCCGCGCGUCCCGCGCCGGUGAUGAGAGCAGACGUCAGACCGCCCCAUGAAUAUUGAUGCGGAGGAGAGCGUGCUUCAUAGAAGAAGAGAAGGAAGCAAGAUGGCUGCCCUGUAGGAUUUGUUAAAGAGGAAACACAGACAGUUUGCUGUUAUUCUGGAAGGAGGCAUCAAGAGGACGCAGAAGGGGCAGCCUUGUGGAUGGACCCAGAGCAGGCCAGAUGGAAACGGAAAAGGCCAGCCAUGAAAUGGGAGACACUCUACUGUUAGCUCAGUUUGGCUCCGUUCGUCAGACGGAAAACCUGGUUGUCAAACUGCAGAAUGGAAGCCAGUUACCGGAGGUGUCAUCCUAUCAAAUCAAUGGGGAUGGGGACUGGAACCACUUCAAACCCAAUGCUGAGAUUAACCAAACGAAGAAGCUUUGUGAACACAGUCCCAGUCCUGCUGGCAUUCAGGACCCGUCUGAUCAACACCCACGCAUGACCAAUGGAGACCUGAAGCAUGUGCUCAGUGAAUCGGCGUCACACGGGCUUCAACCACCCAAAAAGCCCAGGGUUGAUUCUGGAAUGAAUGGUGAAGAUGACCAGGUUGUAGAGAAAGCAGAACUGGCCACAUGGGACAAGAAACAGGCCGCAGACUUAGGAAGUGAUGUGGACUGUUUUCCGGAACUCGUCAGAUCGACAGAUUUCAAGCAUGACGUUCUGGCGGUGGAGCAGAAGCCAGAGAAGAAAAGCUGCUGCUUCCCUAAUGGGGACAUUUUCUCACUUGCAAGGAACAAACAGGUGCCAAUUUCUAAUGGUGCUACAAUGACUUCCUCCAACAUGGAGGACACACCUGGUGACCUUCUAGAGAAAACGCUUUCUCAGUAUUACCCGGAUCACGUGUCCAUCGCUCCACAGAGUUGUAGAGCUCAUGAGAACACCAUUGGGAGAACACUGGCAAAGGACACCCAUAAGCAGGCAAUCCAGACAUCGCUGCUUACCUCAGGUUUGCCUGGUUUAUCCCAGGUGGCUGCUUCUGGAGAGCAGAGCAGGAAAUCCUUGGAGGGACACGGAGACAAUGUUUAUAGCGCAGGAGCUGCUGUAAAUGGCUAUUCUAGUCAAUCUGACGAAGAAAACCAGCAGAAGCAGCAGCAGCAGCAAAAGCCUUACCCUCGCUUGGACGUCCCAGUGUCAGAGGAACCGCAAGUUCUGGUUCCAGAGGAACAAAACCCAGCGGCAAAGCCUGGAGAUGGCUUGCUGGGUGAAAAUGGUGCUGAGUCCUUCCCCACCCACGCAGGAGAACAGGGUGUAAAGCAGACAUUCAGUGAUGGCUCCUCUGCUCCAGCAGCGGAAGCCAGACACAUGGAUGGAACAGAGGUGGUUGACCGAUCCAGCCCAUCAGGCAGCAGCCCAGCUGGAUUGGUAAUAGAAGCAGAGGAUUCGCAGUCUGUCCCUGAGCUCCGGGGUCCCCAGCAAAGUCUAGUGCGGGGGCAGUAUGGAGCACAAGAGUCAGAAAUACCAUCAGCAGCUGAGAGCAGCAAUCAGCAAGGCCCCACUGGGCUAAUAACUGGGCCCCCUCCUUUAAAGUCAACUGAUGCAACUCUUCACUCCCCUGGAGGGCCAAUACCGGAGUCUCAUCCAUCAGGAACUCAAACACAGGGCUCUGGAACAGAAAACGGUGUGCAUUUUAACAGGGAAGCAGAGAAUGUGUCACGGAGAGCAGAGACCUAUCCCGGGAUGAACUGGAUUGAUCUGAGCUCCUCCAUACCCCCGUGGCAGCGUGAGGGUUUCCGCUCGCACUCACGGCAGGAGCAGGGGAGCUUGGCGCAGAGCCAGAGGCAAGUACCAGGCAUCAGCCCCAUGCUGAGGUCUCCUCAACUGUGCUCUGGUCUGUCUGGCUCUCAGCAGCAGGCUGAGCAGGUGCCAGGGGGCUACAGCGCUAAGCUGGCACAGGAUCAAGCAGAGAACAAAGCUACAGGAGAAUGGCAGGGCAUGAAUGGAGACUCCCCCUCCAGCCAGCAAACACAGUCGACAGUGGAGGGCAGUAAAAUGUUUAUGCCCCACUCCUGCAGCCUCUCCCAAGAGCAGCUAGAGAAUCCCUAUCACUCCCAAAUGCAGGAAAAGCACUUAGUCAAGCACAUCCAGAAUCUUGAGGGCAUCUCGUGCUCAGGGUUCAUACGUCAGCAGCCACCACAUCGCCCUCAUGCCGAGUUUCACCCAACACUCGAGGCUCAAGACCCCCAACAAACAGCUCCAUCUCAGCCGCAGGAUCCGGGUCAAAUGCACUUGGAAAAUAACCUCAUGGAAAGGCUCAAACUAGAAGAGCACAGGAGAUUGGAAGAACAGAUAAAAACUGAGAAAAAAUGUCAUAAUGAGGCAAGUCAACAGCAGCGUCCUGGAUUUACCCAAUGCGACAGUCAUACUUCUCAAUCUUCUGAUUCCUUGCCACACAAAGGACAGCCUCAGUCAAAGGAGACUGUACCCUUUGGCUUCGGCAAAAGAGAUGGAGCCCCAGUGCAGGAGGUGAUACAGCAGAUACAAUACCCACGCCAACCUCUGGUUCACCAACAGCAGCAAGGCUUAGAAUCUUUUCAACAGCUGCAGCAGCCACCUCCACUACAACCGCAACCACAGCCUCAGUUACCACAUGGUGCUUUAAACCAACAGGUGCCGCAGAACACAACCUGCCAAGUACAACCCAAGUUGGAACUGCAGGAGUCCUGCGUGCAGUUCCAACAAGGGGAAACACAGACCAACUCUCAUGGAGACCUCCAGAGGCAUGCAAUCCUGAGGAUGCAGCUGUUACAGAGACAGGAGAAACAAGGGCUUCAUCCAAGCUUCAGCAACAGUCAGUCCCUGCUUCGGGCAAUCAAAAGUGAGAGCUGUCCAAGGUUUGAAGCUCCCAAAAUGCAGCCCUCGCAAGGACCAGAGACAUCAGCCAUGCAAGUGCGAAUGAAGCAAGAGCCAACGCAGGUUCCGUGUGGUGAGGGGCAAAGGAGCAACAUCACCGCAAUCAUGGAGCAUCAACUAAGGCAGUACCAGCCCUCCACGUUGUUUGAAAGGAAGCCUCUGGUCAUGAAAUCCCCUGGUAAGAUCAAAUUUGAGACGUCGGGGGCUGUGACCGUUCUCUCAGCUAAUGCAGACCUGAGUAUGGAAGACAGCAGAGCUGAAGCUCUGAAGAGGUCUGCUGACGGAACACCGACGAAGAAGGUGAAGCUCAACCUCAACAGCUUCCUUGAGUCACCUAUCAAAUUACUUGACACUCCCAUCAAGAACCUAGUGGACACACCUGUGAAAACCCAAUAUGAAAUACCAUCAUGUCAUUGCAUUGAACAACUCAGCGAAAAAGACGAGGGUCCCUAUUACACGCACCUCGGAGCUGCUCCCAACGUAGCCGGCAUCCGAGAGAUCAUGGAGAAAAGGUUUGGCCAGACGGGCAGCUGCAUAAGGAUUGAGAAAGUGGUCUACACGGGGAAAGAGGGGAAAAGUACACUGGGGUGCCCCAUCGCCAAAUGGGUGAUCCGCAGGUCUGGCGUGGAAGAAAAGCUCCUGGUACUCGUACGAGAGCGGGCGGGACACUCGUGUGCCACAGCUUGCCUGGUGGUGGCCAUCCUCAUCUGGGAGGGCAUCCCCACCAGCCUGGCUGACCGGCUUUACAGCGAGCUAAGCGAGACGCUGAGGAAACACGGCGCCCACACCUACCGCAGAUGUGGCCUGAACGAAGAGAGAACGUGCACAUGCCAGGGCCUCGACCCAAACGUGAAAGGAGCCUCCUUCUCCUUCGGCUGUUCCUGGAGCAUGUACUACAACGGCUGCAAGUUUGCAAGGAGCAAAGUGCCCAGGAAGUUCAAACUGCUGGGCGAUGAUGCCAAGGAGGAAGAAAGACUAGAGCAAAACCUUCAGCAUCUGGCCACGUUAAUGGCUCCAACCUACAAAAAACUGGCGCCCGAUGCGUAUGGAAACCAGGUGGAGUACGAGGACCGCGCGCUCGACUGCCGCUUGGGACUGAAGGAAGGGCGUCCGUUCUCCGGGGUCACUGCCUGUCUGGACUUCUGCGCACACGCACACCGGGACCUCCACAACAUGCCGAGUGGCAGCACAGUGGUGUGUACUCUCACCAGAGAAGACAAUCGUGAAAUUGGGAAGAUACCCGAAGACGAGCAGCUCCACGUCCUGCCGCUGUACACCCUCUCCCCGACAGAUGAGUUCGGCAGUGCAGAGGCACAGCAGGACAAGAUGAAGUCAGGUGCCAUCCAGGUGCUCAGUACAUUCCGGCGCCAGGUGCGCAUACUCGCUGAGCCAGCCAAGUCUUGCCGACAGAAAAAACUGGACUCCAGAAGAGUGGCCGCAAACAAAGUGUCCAAUCAGGACGUGGCGAACUCAAAGACGGAAAAGGCCCUCCAAGGGAAACUGAAGCAAAGCACUCCUGAGAGCACUAUCCAAAGCACACUGAUGUCAGGUUCUCUUCUGGGUCAAGCAUCUUUGGGUGCCCCUCAACCUGGCCAUCCAGGACACUCUCUUGAUGCUCAGCAACAACAUCCCCAACAGCAGCAACUGCAGCAACAGCCACAGAAUCACCCCCCUUCUCUCCCUGGUUCUUCUCAUGCAAGGCUUGUUAACCAUGCAAAUUCAUUUCCAAGUACUUCCCAGUCGGCAAACAUAAGUUAUCCACAAUCUUCUGCUAGCCCUUACCCUGGACAUAUGCCAAACACUUGCCUGAAUGGGUCAGAUUCUCCAAACCCUCAUCCAGCUGGUUCUAUCAACCCCAGCAGCCUUUAUCCAGGCUACCAGGGCAGAGGAACUGGGCCUAUGGACAGCUUUCACCGGUACGACAGCACGAACCCAAAGCAUCCUGACAUGUACCGCCUUCAGAGGCCCCAGCUCUACCCUCAGCAGCACUAUGGCACUCAUCAUCGUUACGGAGUCAACCUUCCUCCCCAGUACGGUGAUCCGAGUUUACAGAUCAAUGGCUGCAGCAACGGUAACAUGAGACCCAGUGUUCCUUCCAUGGGUCCAUACCAAACAUAUGGCCCCAGUAGCGGUCCACAACACAUGGAGGCCAUCAUUCCGCCACCCUCAGGCCACCCGGGUCUGGAUUAUGGCACGGCGAGCAAAGGCAGCCAAUUUGGCGGAUACACCAACUCUUAUGUUGCCCAGAACAAUCAAAUGACCUCACCCGGCCAGGACCACCUCCGUAUGCAAAAUAAGCCAGAGAUGAAUCUGCAUGGUCCAGGCAGCAUCGUUCAGUCACUUCCUCUGGCCAGCGAUUGCCCAACUUCUACACAGCCAGGGUUUGGGACUCCCGGUGGAAAUGUCCCAGGCACCCAGAUCAAGCAAGAGCCAGGGGUGUCGACUCCAGAUCCCAAGGAGACGGAGGAUGUAUGGUCAGAUAAUGAGCAUAACUUCCUGGAUCCAGAGAUUGGCGGUGUGGCAGUGGCCCCCAGCCAUGGCUCCAUCCUCAUUGAGUGCGCCAAGCGUGAGAUGCAUGCCACCACACCACUCAAGAACCCUGACCGAAACCACCCAACCCGCAUCUCACUGGUCUUCUACCAGCACAAGAACAUGAAUGAGGCCAAGCACGGGCUGGCGCUGUGGGAGGCCAAGAUGGCUGAGAAAGCCCGGGAAAAGGAGGAGGACACAGAGAAGCAUGGCGCCGACGGCACUCCCAGCAAGAACAAGAAGGUCAAGAGGGAACAUUCAGACGGGGCAGAACACGGCGAGCCCCCGUACAAGCGCUUCAUCCAGACUCUCAUGCAAAAGUCAAUGUCGUGCACCACCAACACAUACGUCAGCACAGCUCCCUAUGCCUUCUCCAAGGUAACAGGCCCUUACAAUCGCUUCAUCUAAGGCUUCAUUCAGGUUUACAGCGAACGAGCGAAGAGACUGAGUUUGUACAUCCACGAGGUGCUGGAACACAUUAGACCUCAGCACUGUAAGCCGCAUGCUGCAUAAAAGCGCGUCCUCAAAGGGAGCAGUAGUGUUUGAAUCACUAAAUAUGAUCCUACAGAAACCGUUAGACGACUUGCAAAAUACUGUAGAAUAAAUGGAAUAUGUUCAUUUCCAUGUCAGGUUUGCCAUCUCUUCAGGAACAAGCUUUACUAACAAGUGUGACUACAGCAGUAUUUAUUUUCUUUUCUGUACUAAAUUUCUGGUGCUGCAUGUCCUAUGCAUAGGGACGUAUAUUACUGGAAACAAAGUUUGGUGGCUUUAAUCUUCUAACUAAAUAGAUAUCUUAAGGAAACGUGGUGUAAUGUUCGAUCGGUAUGGAUUAUCUGACUCUUGGUGCUACAACGGAGUGUCUUUAAAUCUUAAAAUCUGCCUUCAUAAACAUCAGUUUGUAUGUGACUUUUUAAGGUGAACUAGCAAUUAUGGGCUAUGACAUUUUUUACAGUUUAUAGGUGGAAAUUGGAAGAACGGAUCUUGAUCUAAAGACUACAGUGGUUUUGUAACUUGUGUUUUAAGCACUUUGUUUGGCUGUUGGAGGUAAAGCGUUUUCCUUAGUACAGUACCUUCAAAUCACAAGGUUGAAUUUUGAUCUUGAAAAUGCCAAAUGGACAACAGGCAUCUGCAUUUGGAGCCUGGUCGGCAACAGAAAUUGUGAAUGGAUCGUACGAACACAACGCGGUUAUGCUUAGGCUGCAAGGCACGGAUUGGAUGUCACUGGAUGCAACUUUUACACAAACAUUUCUUCUGGUGCUUCUGUAACAUUUGAAAUUCGACAACUUGAGCAGCAUGUGUCUUUGUAUUCCUUCAGACUACGUUUCGAGCCAUUCAAAAGAUGCGUUUUCGACGCAGUCGUCUUAAACGAGAAGUUGAUCACCAGCGUGUUUGCGCCGCAAUUUCUAUUUUUACUGUUUCUGUAUGUUACAUAGCAGAAAAUUGGGAGUACUGGAGAAAAUGGCUGCCAAAACCUCCCCAGUACUACAUUUCCCAGAAUGCCGCAGGUUUGGCAGUUAUCGUGCAGCUGUAUUAUAUCACGAGAGUGGAUCACAGCAUGUCUAUUGAACAAAUCUGACCUCUGGGUUUAUAUAUCUAGUUACACAACUGUUGUAUGAACUAUAUAUAUAUAUAUAUAUAUAUAUAUAAAAGAUAUAUAAAUAUCUUUUUUUGCAUAACAGGGUUAGCUGUAUGUACGUGUGACAAUUCUAAAGGGCAGCUGUUUUGCUGUGAGCUCUUUAAAUUGUAGUGUAGUUGUACAAUACAAUUAGAAAGCUUUGUACAGUAAAUUAAAACUUCUGAAUUUACGCUUUAGAUUUUAGUACUGUAAAAAAAAAAAGUAAUAUUUCUUUUGGUUUCGAGCUCAUUUGAUUUCAUAUGGUGCUACUCAACCUGCUCUAAUCAUGUAUAAUGUGAGAAUCUCUACAAGUGGUGAGAAGGCAAAUGAAUGAUGAACCUAUUUGUCAUAUACCUCAGAACUAGUUUGGCAAUAGGAUUUGCUACAGGCUUAUUGUUGUUUUUUUUUUUUUUUUGGUUUUGUACACCAUCACGUUCAUGCAAACGCACCGAAAAGAACAUGGUCAUACGCUCGUUAUUGACUUUCUUCACAUCUUUUCAAAGUACAGCUAGAACACCACAGUUUUAAUUUUCCAGAAGCAUCAGGGAUACUGCGGCACGCGCGCCCAAAUCACCUGUCUUCGCCUGACGAGUUUCCUUCCGAUCAGGGAUUGCAAAAACCCUCAAUUACCUGUAAAUAUUUCAAAGGAAGAGGAAAAAAAAAACUUUUUAUGAAAGAGAAAUAACCUGCAGUUUUGUACUUUGUUCCGCAGAUUUAGCGCGCAGACUCUAAAGGAGUGAAUCUGAACGUAUAUGCACUGAGUUGACUAAAGGGAAAAGCGUGGCAUCGACGUUUUAAACAGCAAUUGCGUUUGCUUUUUUUAUCAAAAAGAAAAGGCAAGGGCAGUUGUGAUAAAAGAUGCACACUGCGUGCCUGUG